AUGAGUCUCAACAGCACACCACAGAGGGUGGAACAGAAGUUUCAGCUGGCAUCCAAAGAGACCUUAAAGCCAGUCAUCCGUGAGGUCUUAGAACGGCUGACGGCGCAAAACUGGAACAGACUGGAGACUGGGUUUAUUGACCCAGAAACCGCCUCUCUUGUGACAGAUUUGUGUGUCACUAUAGUUGAAGUUUUGGCUGAAAGUCUCUAUGAGUCUUUAAGCAGGAGAUUUAAAAAACGGAAAGGAUCUGCUACAUCUGUGUGUAAGGAGGACGUGCAUGAAUGUUUAGGUAACAUGGGUGAAGUCAUCACACAGACUGUGGCAGAAAUACAGGGUGUAGGUGACAUCCACUACCUUCAGUGCGAGCAGAUGACAGAUGUCAUGGUCACAGCAGUCACAGAGAAAGUAAACUCCAGGCUGUCUAAAACAAGUGACACUGACGUCACGGAGGAGCACAAGCCCCUCCCACCUAUCUAA